AUGAUAUUGAAGAAAUGCAAGAGACACAGCACCAAGAAUUCCAAUUUAAAGCUACCUCCAGGGACAUGGAAACUUCCUAUAAUUGGAAAUAUGCACCAACUUGAUGGUUCUCUACCCCAUCACACCUUGAGAGACUUGGCUGAGAUCUAUGGACCCCUUAUGCACUUGCAAUUGGGAGAAGUUUCAGCUGUUGUGGUCUCUGCACCAGAAGCUGCCAAGGAGAUUAUGAGAACUCAUGACAGCACCUUUUCUUACAGGCCGCUCCUCCUUGCUCCGGAUAUCAUCUCUUAUGGUGGUUAUGGCAUUGCUUUUGCACCUUAUGGUGAUUACUGGAGACAGAUGAGGAAAAUGCGGAUCUGUGCUGCUAAACUCGAAACGGGUAGACUCAUUCCAAUCAAUCAGGGAUGA